AUGCUUUUUGGCCUGGGUGGUGAGUUGUUUUUUCUUCUCCUCCACCUGCGAGUCGACGUGCUGGUGGAGCUGUUCAAUGGUCUCCUGAGAUCGUCUCGUCGCAAAACUGAGGAGUUCAUUAGUGUCUUCAAUAACUUUUCCCAAGGUCUUAUUUUGCAGGGUGUGAAGUUGGUCGUGGAUUUUUUGAAGGCCUUCCCUAUUGGGAUUGCCUUUGGAUAUUUUGUUCUUAAGAUCAGUCAGUUGCUCGUUGAUUUUUUGGCCGGCCUCUGCCAUCGCCUUCUUGAGCGCUUCAAGUUUGGAUUGGAUACCGGUGGAAAGAGAUUCAAGGGCUUUUGUGGUCAGUGA